GAAUCACCUUUGAUCUUCCAUUUUUACAGCCUAAGCAAGAAGAUUCCUAAUAUGAAGGUUUUCGUGUGUGUUUUAACAGUUUUGGUAGCUUCAUGCUCAGCCGGAUUCUUGGGCGGUAGCUCUGGUGGUGGAUAUGCUGCUGGUGGCCAUGGAGAGGUUAAGACCGUUAAGGUUAUCCAUCAACAACAAGCCGGUGGACAUGGUGGUUAUGCCUAUGGUGGUGGUGCUGGUGCCGCUGUUGGUGGUCAAGCCGUUAAGACAAUUAAAAUUGUUCACCAACAACAACAGCAACAACAACAAUAUGGUGGUUACUCUGCCGGUGGCGCCCAAGAAGUCAAGACAAUCAAAGUGAUCCAUCAACAACAACAGCAACAAGGUGGAUACUCAGCUGGUGGUUAUGCUCAUGGUGGUGCUGUCGCUGGUGGCCAAGAAGUCAAGACCAUUAAGGUUAUCCAUCAACAACAACAGCAGCAAGGAGGACACGGAUACGCAGCCGCCGGUGGUCAUGGUGGUGCUCAACACGUCAAAACCAUUCAAGUUGUCCAUGAACAAGCUGGUGCUGCUGCUGGUGGUUAUUCCGGUGGUUACUCCGCUGGCGGUCACGGUGCUGCUGAGGAAGUUAAAACCAUUCAAGUUGUCCACGAACAAGGUGCUAGCGCUGGUGGUUAUUCCGGUGGAUUCUCUGCUGGCGGCCAUGGCCACGGUGCUGCUGAAGAAGUAAAAACCAUUCAAGUUAUCCAUGAACAAGGUGGUGCUGCCGCUGGUGGAGCUCAAGGUGGUUAUUCAUAUGGAGGUGCCAGUUCCGGUGCUGCUCAAGAAGUUAAGACCAUUCAAGUUGUCCAUGAACAAGGUGGUGCUUCGGCUGGGGGUUACUCUGCCGGUGGAUACUCCGCCGGAGGAUACUCAUCCGGUGGUUACUCGGCCGGUGGUGCUAGCGCCGCUGCUGAACAAACUAUUAAAGUUAUUCACGAAGAGGCAUCUGCUGGAGGUUAUUCUGCUGGUGGUUAUGGCGGUUUUGCUGAUGCUGGCGCUUCUUCUGCUGCUGGCACUGGUGGCUUCGACGAUGCACUUGAAACUUUGAAAUCCCUUAAAGUUAUCGGUGCUUUGGGUGCUGAUGGUGGUGCCGGUGGUUAUGGUGGUGCCAGCGGCGCUGGUUCAUAUGCCGGUGCUUCUUCAGCUGGUGGUUGGCAAUAA